AUGAACGCUAGCGCUGCCGCGCUCAACGAGUCCCAGGUGGUGGCAGUAGCGGCCGAGGGAGCAGCGGCUGCGGCUACAGCAGCAGGGGCACCGGACACCAGCGAAUGGGGACCCCCAGCAGCCUCCGCGGCGCUGGGAGGCGGCGGUGGACCUAACGGGUCACUGGAGCUGUCUUCGCAGCUGCCGGCAGGGUCCUCGGGACUACUGCUUUCGGCAGUGAAUCCCUGGGAUGUGCUGCUGUGCGUGUCGGGGACUGUGAUCGCAGGCGAAAACGCGCUGGUGGUGGCGCUCAUCGCGUCCACUCCCGCGUUGCGCACGCCCAUGUUUGUGCUCGUGGGUAGUCUGGCCACUGCUGACCUGCUGGCGGGCUGUGGCCUCAUCCUACACUUCGUGUUCCAGUACGUGGUGCCCUCGGAGACUGUGAGCCUGCUCAUGGUGGGCUUCCUGGUGGCGUCCUUCGCCGCCUCAGUCAGCAGCCUGCUUGCAAUCACUGUGGACCGUUACCUGUCCCUUUACAACGCUCUCACCUACUACUCGCGCCGGACCCUGUUGGGCGUGCACCUCUUGCUAGCAGCCACCUGGACUGUGUCCCUCGGGUUGGGGUUGCUGCCUGUUCUAGGCUGGAACUGCUUGGCUGACCGCGCGUCCUGCAGCGUGGUGCGCCCCCUGACACGCAGCCAUGUGGCGUUGCUCUCCACUUACUUCUUUGUGGUCUUUGGCAUCAUGCUGCACUUGUACGUGCGCAUCUGCCAGGUGGUCUGGCGCCACGCCCACCAAAUCGCUUUGCAGCAGCAUUGCCUAGCACCACCCCACUUAGCAGCCACUAGAAAGGGCGUGGGAACUCUGGCCGUGGUGCUAGGCACUUUUGGGGCCAGCUGGCUGCCCUUCGCCAUCUAUUGUGUGGUAGGUAGCCAAGAGGACCCAGCCAUCUACACGUAUGCCACCCUGCUGCCUGCCACCUAUAACUCCAUGAUCAAUCCCAUCAUCUAUGCCUUCCGCAACCAGGAGAUCCAGCGUGCCUUGUGGCUCCUGUUCUGUGGCUGUUUCCAAUCCAAAGUGCCCUUCCGCUCCAGGUCCCCUAGUGAGGUCUGA